AUGACCGAUCCUCCGCCGCCCAUCACCCCGGGGCCGGGCCACCAGCUACGCCCGGCCAGGCGCCAGUACCGCCACUCCGACGAGCACUCGCCCACCCGUGCCCGAACCAACGACGACCUCUUGAGCCGCCUUACACCACUGACCGCCGUCGAGAUGCUCCAAACACCAAACACUGAACUAAAGGAAUGCCUCGACAACUCUACCGUCAACGAACAGGAAUUCGCCAUGCGCGCCGCCGUGGCCAGCCGCAAGAUUUACGAAUGGCUCGAGGAGCUUUCCGAUUGGCCCUGGCCUUCCACCAGCGGCUCGGCCGGCUUUGAGAUGCCAGAGGCCAAGCGCACGAAACUUGACGAGGACGCCGACAAGUCGGUGUACCUCGGGAGCUUACCCGCCGAGAGCGUCGCCCAGUACGAGGAGCGCGUGGACGGCAUCUCUCACGACAUGGACGAGCUGCACAUUGAAGAAAUCAAGACCCACGUCAUGCACACCCACAUCAUUCCGCUUUCGAGACCCGGAACGCCGUUGUCCCCGACGCGGCCCAUUGGAGGCGGAUCACUUUCCUACAACCGAAUGGACGACUUGACGUCCCCGACGCGGCCCAUUGGAGGCGGAUCACUUUCCUACAACCGAAUGGACGACUUGACGGCUCUCCUCACGGCAAUCAUCGUCCAGGCACUGCCGAAUCUGUCCAAGCUCUGCCGACUGCUCAAAGUCUGGCACAUCCGCCUCUCUGUCCUCCGUCGCAUACCCGACCUGCUCUCUGGCAUUGCAGAGGCCGAGUACGCCCUCGAGUCUGCAUGGAACGUGCUGUCGUCUCCCGCGGGAACGCCAUUCGCUGAAGAGGGAGCCCAGGACACCCACUCCCAACUCAAACACGCCGUCACUGUUGUCAAGUCGGUGUUGGAGACGCAAAUCACAAAAUCCGGACGCAGCCUCGAUUUCAUGCUCGACAGUCUCGAGGGGCUGCAGGAUACGCUGCCCGACGCCUGGCUCGACCGUAUGGAAGCCGUCGAGCGCAACUACGCUGACUGGGUGACGUCUGGCGAGCAGAGGAUCCGGCAAGAAGACUGGGCUAGCGUGCGUCAGCAGAAAGCGCUUCCACCGGUGAUCAGAGAAGAGGCCGAGGCGGAGCCCACGAAAUCCAGUGGCCUACCUGUUGUGGACGACGAUGUCAUCACUCUGCCAGUGCCCAUCACUAUUAACCCACCGGAAGAGGACAGCCAGCCUGCCUUUGAUGAAGAAGCCACUCCUGAGCAGUCUGACGGUUCCGAGGACGACACAAUCGAGCUGUCUCCCUUGCAACUGCAAGCGCAGAAGAAGACGCAGCCAGUCGCCAGCCUUGACGGCUCCAGCGAGGCUACAAAACCCAAGCGGACGCCAUUGGGCGAAGUGCAAAACGAAGAAAACACCAAAAGAAAGGUGUCGGGCAAGGAAUCCGUCGUGUCGAAGCUUAGAGCAGUCUUUGAAAGCAACGCCAGGUCCAGCUCUGACGACGCGGACGAGAUUCUGCCCGACGAUGAAGAGAUGCAGCUGCCACCGCUGAUCAGACCUGACCGACGCGGAAGUGACGCUUCGGACUCGUCCACAAUCAUCCACGGCCACACGAGCCUGCUCGCAGACGCCUCGAGCGACAUGCCCGAAAAGCGUGCCGAGACCCUGGGCCGCAAGUCGGCUGCUGACCGCUUCAUGAGCAUGAGCCCUCCUAGCUCACCCCCGUUCCGGCCGAGCUACAGAGAAGAAAGCGUGAGCCCUAUGGUGAGGCCCCAAGACGAGGGUCUCCUGCCGGCCCUCCCUCUGGAGUCGUCAUUCAACGAGGACGACUUCGAUCACUCCUUUAUCAGCAUGGGAACGCCUCGGGAGACCGGCAACAAGGAAGAUGACCACCUGCGAAAGCAAAUUAGCGACAUUCUAGAGUCCAUCCCCGCCAACAUCAAGCUGGCGAGAGCGACGCCCAAGGUGGACUUGAACCCGCCCCCGCCCGAUCUGCCCACGAUGCCGGCCAAGAGGCUUAAGAAGCCAUCCCGGGAGACCAUGCGGAGGAGCGUCUCUGCCAUGUCGACGACAUCGCGGACAUCUUCGCGGGCGACGACGCCGUGGUUGACACUUGCUCCCGCGUACGCCAAGAACCCCAGGCCCAGACGCCCUGGGAGCGGACAAGACGUCAGGGUCUACCACCUCUCGCGGUCCACCGGCGAAGCGCCCAUCAAGCUUCUCAUCCGCUGCGUCGGCGAGCACGGCGAGCGCGUCAUGGUGCGUGUCGGGGGUGGAUGGGCCGACCUCGGCGAGUACCUCAAGGAGUACGCCUCGCAUCACGGCCGGCGCUCUGCCGGGCUGGUAGAAAAGGCCGAGAUCAAGGUCCAGGACUUGCCGCGUGCGAGCAGCCGUGCCGCAAACUCGAGCCCGCCGAGCCGGCCAGCCUCCGCGCUGGAAAUGUCACCCAUGACGCCGCUCAACGUCAGAAAGUCUAGAAAGUCUUUUGGCGCCGGCGAUUCAUCGGUGCCCCGGCUCCUCCCCAACACGCCUGCCGUCCCGCCGAUCCCGGACAAGUUUACGCCAACGCCGUCGUCGGAGGACUCCAACCGGUCCCGGUCGAGCUCCCACAUCAGCUGGGAAGAGGACGAGAGCUCGUUCCUUGGCCUGGCAGGACCCACUGGCCGCAAGGUGGAGAUGAGCGAGGAGAAUCGGGCGUGGGUGGAGAGCGUCAAGGAAAAGGUGCGUGCCGCUAGCGGCGAGACGCGCAAGAUUUCAGAGUUUGGCGAUAUGGGCAAGGUCGGCGGCACGAAGCGUGUGUUUCGGAAGGGGUAG